GCUGUCCCUCAGUCGGUCGGGAUUUCGGAACCACAGGAGAAUCACCCGAAAGGGUUUUGGUGAUAAAACAGCUCACUUUGGGAGAAGAUACCACAUUAUAUGGCCACAUAAACGCGCAACGAGCCACUUUAUCCAGUAUUUCACAAUGGAGGCUGAACUAUGAGGUGUUGUGUAGCUGCAGACGACUGAGUGAACCAUGGCACAGUUCCCCACCACAUUCACAGGUCCAGAUGUGUUUCUGAUCUCAGUGGAUGAGAGAGCCAAACAUGAUCAGCAGUUUCACAGCCUCUCUCCAACUGCAGGGGGCUACAUCACAGGUGACCAGGCCAAGAACUUCUUCCUUCAAUCAGGCCUGCCCCCUCCCAUCCUGGCCCAGAUCUGGGCUCUGGCUGACAUGAACAGUGAUGGCCGUAUGGACAUCCACGAGUUCUCCAUUGCCAUGAAACUCAUCAAACUGAAACUCCAGGGUCACCCUCUGCCCCCUUCGCUUCCUCCUAGUAUGAAACAACCCCCGCUGCCUUUACCUCCACAGACGGGCUUUGGCAUGCCCCCCAUGGCUCCCAUCCCGGCUCCCAUCACAGCUCCCCUGCCAGGCGUGCCCCCUCUCCCUCUUCCCCCUCUCCCUGUUGGGGUGUCUCCCCCACUGGUCUCAUCUGCCCCACCCCCCCUCCCUCAGCCCAUUGCCAACGGAGCUCCUCCCACAGGCAUGAUGCAGCCUAUCUCGGGCUUCUCCCACCCAGCUUCAUCUGCCAACAAGUCGUCUUCGUUUAAUCGCUCAAGUACCAAGUUACAGAAGGGUUCAUCCUUUGACACUACUAGUAGUCAGCCCCCCCCUGAUUGGGCCGUUCCUCAGUCCUCCAGGCUGAAGUACAGACAGCUUUUCAACUCCCAUGACAAGAUGAUGAGUGGACACCUCACAGGUCCCCAGGCUCGCACUAUCCUGAUGCAGUCUAGUCUUCCUCAGAGCCAGUUGGCCACGAUAUGGAGUCUAUCAGAUAUUGACCAGGAUGGAAAGCUAACGGCUGAGGAGUUUAUCUUGGCCAUGCACCUCAUCGAUAUGGCUAUGUCAGGGUUACCGCUUCCCCCAGUGUUACCCCCAGAAUACCUCCCACCCACAUUCAGGCGUGUGCGAAGCGACAGUGUUCAGUCGGACCAGAAGAGCGUCCAGGAGGAGAUGGAAGAGGAGACUGAGAGCAGCCAAGAAAAGAAACUACCAGUGACGUUUGAGGAUAAGAAGAGGGAGAACUUUGAGCGAGGAAAUCUGGAGUUGGAGAAGAGACGUCAGGCUCUGCAGGAACAGCAGAGGAAAGAACAGGAGAGACUGGCUGCGCUGGAGAGAGAGGAACAGGAGAGAAAGGAGCGUGAACGUCUAGAGCAGGAGAGGAGGCGACAACAGGAACUGGAAAAACAGCUGGAGAAACAGAGAGAGCUGGAGAGGCAAAGAGAGGAAGAGAGACGCAAAGAGAUAGAGAGAAGAGAGGCUGCUAAGCGCGAAUUGGAGCGCCAGCGCCAGCUGGAGUGGGAGCGUCAACGUCGGCAGGAGCUUCUGACGCAAAGAAACCGAGAGCAGGAGAGCAUAGUGCUGCUCAAAGCCAGGAAGAAGACGCUGGAGUUUGAACUGGAGGCGCUGAAUGAUAAGAAGACCCAGCUGGAGGGCAAACUGAAGGAUGUUCGGUUUCGUCUGUCGGCUCAGCGGAGAGAGGUGGAGCAGACCAAUCAGACCAGAGAAACACGCAUUGCUGAAAUCACCCUGCUACAACAGCAGCUACAGGACUCCCAGCAGUGGCUUGGGAGGCUGAUUCCUGAUAAACAGAGUCUCAAUGACCAGUUGAAACAGGUUCAACAGAACAGUCUGCACCGUGACAGUCUGUCGUCCCUGCAGAAGGCUGUGGAGCAGAAGGAGACCAGCAGACAGCAGCUCAGAGAGCAGCUGGAUGCUGUGGAGAGAGAGACGAGGGCCAAACUGCUGGAAAUAGAUGCUUUCAACACCCAGCUGAAGUCUCUGUGUGAGUUCUAUGCCAACCACUGUGCCAGGAUAGAAGCCCUGCGACGCCAGCUUCAGGAGGAACAGAGAGGGAGACAGGAGCUGCGGGAGAUCCACAGCCGGCAGCAGAGGCAGAAACAGAAGGAGCUGGAGGGAGACACACACACACUGACACACACACACUCUCACAUACACACUCCAAGUGAGAGAAAGUCUGCUGAGCUGCAGGAGAGCAGGUUGUCAUCAGAGGAAGGUGCGGCCUGGAGGGAUGAAGCGGGAAGCUCCGCCCCUAAAGCCCCUAGCCCGGCCUCGGUCUCUGCACCUGACGCCUGGCUGAACAGAGUGACUCAGGAAGAGGAAGAGAGGAAGAGGAGAGGGAUGGAUGAAGAAGAAGAGGGCAGGAAGGGAGCAGGAUCGAUAGAAGAGAAGGAGGAUGACGGAAGAGGCAAGAAGGACAUGCAAGAUAAACUGAACAAGCUGUUCAGCCAGCCGGCAGACCCCUGGGCUUCAGCAGUGGAGAAGGCUCCAGGACCCAGUCUGUUUGACCAGAAAGCAACAACCAGUGGCUUCGACCAGCAGCAGCAGCAGCAGCAGGCAGUGAAGGUGGUCUACUACAGGGCUCUAUAUCCGUUUGAUGCUCGCAGCCAUGAUGAGAUCAGUAUUGCUCCCGGAGAUGUAAUCAUGGUGGAUGAGUCCCAAACGGGUGAACCUGGCUGGCUGGGAGGAGAGCUGAGGGGGAGGACUGGUUGGUUCCCAGCCAAUUAUGCAGAACGGAUACCUGACAGCGAGGCACCAAUCAGCCUGCGCGCCUCAGCCUCUGACACACCCUCUUCUGCCAAGCAGCCAAUUACCACGCCUCCUCCAGCACCUGGACACACUUCUUCCUCCACAUCCUCCGCCAAUAGUAACUGGGCCGACUUCAGCACCACUUGGCCGUCAAACACAGCCAGCCAAUCAGACAGCGAAGGAUGGGACGCAUGGCCGACCUCUUCGACCAGUCAGAAUCCAUCACUCAGUGUUCCCUCGGCACAGCUACGGCAACGCUCCGCUUUCACACCUGCUACCAUGACAACAGGCUCCUCUCCUUCACCUGUACUGGGACAGGGGGAGAAGGUCGAGGGUCUUCAGGCUCAGGCCUUGUAUCCCUGGAGAGCAAAGAAGGAAAACCACCUCAACUUCAACAAAAACGAGAUUAUAACAGUGUUGGAGCAGCAGGACAUGUGGUGGUUAGGUGAACUGCAGACUGGACAGAGAGGAUGGUUCCCCAAAAGUUACGUCAAGCUCAUCUCCGCCACCAUGACGGCCCCUGCUGGUGCCACAGUACGCAGCAAAAACACUAGUGAGUCUGGAGUAUCAGACAGCCCUCCCAACGGAAAACGACCCUCCCCUUCCCCGACAAAACCCUCUGAGUCUGGAGAAGAGUACGUGGCCAUGUACACCUACGAGAGCAGCGAACAAGGGGACCUGAGUUUCCAGCAAGGAGACAUCGUCAUGGUGACCAGGAAAGAAGGGGACUGGUGGACAGGCAUGGUCGGAGGGAAGACUGGAGUCUUCCCGUCCAAUUACGUCAAACCUCGAGACUCGGCGUCAGAGUCACUGGGACCAGCAGGGAAGACAGGCAGCCUGGGAAAGAAACCAGAGAUCGCUCAGGUGAUCGCCCCCUACAGUGCUACAGGAGCAGAGCAGCUGACGUUAGCUCCUGGACAGCUCAUCCUCAUCAGGAAAAAGAACCCAGGGGGCUGGUGGGAGGGUGAGCUCCAGGCCCGGGGGAAAAAGCGCCAGAUAGGUUGGUUUCCGGCUAACUACGUGAAGCUGCUCAGUCCCAGCACCAGCAAGACAACGCCCACAGAGCCCACGCCUCCUAAACUGGCCCCUGCCAGCACAGCUCUGUGUCAGGUGAUCGGCAUGUACGACUACGUGGCCCAGAACGAUGAUGAGCUGGCCUUCCAGAAGGGUCAGGUGAUCACAGUGCUCAACAAAGACGACUGUGAUUGGUGGAAAGGAGAGCUCAACGGGAGGGAGGGUCUGUUUCCCAGCAACUACGUCAAGCUUACUACGGAUACGGACCCAAGCACGCAGUGGUGUGCUGACCUCCAUCUGCUGGACAUGCUGAGUCCCAUGGAGAGGAAGAGGCAGGGAUACAUCCACGAGCUGAUUGUCACCGAGGAGAACUACGUCAACGACCUGCAGCUCGUCACAGAGAUUUUCCACAAACCUCUGCUGGAGAGCGAGCUGCUGACGGAGAAGGAAGUGGCCAUGAUCUUCGUCAACUGGAAGGAGCUCAUCAUGUGCAACAUCAAACUGCUCAAGGCUCUGAGGGUGAGGAAGAAGAUGUCAGGCGAUCGGAUGCCAGUGAAGAUGAUUGGUGACAUCCUGACCAAUCAGCUGCCUCACAUGCAGCCCUACAUCAGAUUCUGUUCGUGUCAGCUGAACGGAGCCACGCUGAUUCAGCAGAAAACUGACGACAACCCAGAGAUCAAAGAUUUCCUCAAGAGGUUAGCCAUGGAUCCCAGGUGUAAGGGAAUGCCUCUGUCCAGCUUCCUGCUCAAACCCAUGCAGAGAGUCACACGCUACCCACUCAUCAUCAAGAAUACUUUAGAAAAUACUCCAGAGUCACAUCCAGACCACAGCCAUCUGAAAGCUGCUCUGGAGAAGGCAGAGGAGCUGUGUUCACAGGUGAACGAGGGCGUCAGGGAGAAGGAGAACUCGGAUCGUCUGGAGUGGAUUCAGGCUCACGUUCAGUGUGAGGGGCUGUCCGAGCAACUGGUGUUUAACUCCGUCACCAACUGCCUGGGUCCCAGGAAGUUCCUGCACAGCGGGAAACUGUUUAAAGCCAAGAGCAGCAAAGAGCUGUACGGCUUCCUGUUCAACGACUUCCUGCUGCUGACGCAGGUGACCAAACCUCUGGGCUCGUCUGGCUCGGACAAAGUCUUCUCCUCGAAAACACACCUGCAGUAUCGCAUGUACAAGACGCCAAUCUUCCUAAAUGAAGUGUUAGUGAAGCUGCCAACAGACCCGUCAGGAGAUGAACCUCUGUUCCACAUCUCUCACAUAGACAGAGUUUACACACUCAGAGCCGAGAGCAUUAAUGAAAGGACGGCGUGGGUUCAGAAAAUUAAGGCAGCUUCAGAGCUCUUCAUUGAGACAGAGAAGAAGAAGAGAGAGAAGGCGUAUCUAGUUCGGUCUCAGAGGGCGACAGGUAUUGGUAGACUGAUGGUCAACAUUGUGGAGGGAAUUGAGCUGAAACCCUGUCGCUCCCAUGGAAAAAGUAACCCAUACUGUGAGGUGACCAUGGGUUCCCAAUGCCAUAUCACAAAAACAUUACAGGACACGUUGAAUCCUAAGUGGAACUCCAACUGUCAGUUUUUUAUAAAGGACCUGGAACAGGACGUCCUCUGUGUCACUGUGUUUGAACGAGACCAGUUCUCACCUGACGACUUCCUCGGCAGGACGGAGAUCCGGUUGGCUGAAAUAAAGAAGGACCAGGGCUCUAAAGGACCAAUCACAAAGCGGUUGCUGCUCCACGAGGUUCCCACAGGAGAGAUUGUUGUCAGGCUGGACCUCCAGCUGUUUGAAGAACCAUAAAACCAGAACAGGACUCUACUGGACUGGACUGAACUGGACUGGACUGAACUGGACUGGACUGGACCAGGCCGGGUUGAAAAGGAACUAAGAGAUGUGAUGUGAACCUGACAGCUGGGCUGGAUUAGAAUGGACAGGUCUGGAUUCUCUUAGUCUUAGUCUCUUGGUCUGGUUCAGUUUCUUACAGGCUGUUAGGAGGGAGGUGCAUUCACCUGUGGGAGACUUCUUAUCACUUCUCAGAUUUUUUUUUUACUUCUUGUAAAAAAAAAAAUCUGAAUAUUUAGUCUAUCAGGAGCAGCAAAUCUGGAUUAUCCCAGGCCCCAAACCUCUAACUGGGUCUCUGCAGGACUUCAGAGGAAUGAAAAUCCGAGGCCUGCUUCUUCUCCAGUCCAGUCCACUUCUGUCCUCCUCCAGUUUGGUCCAGUGCAGUAUUUAGUCCAGUCCAGUCCUCCUGGAGAUCAACCGGGUCUUUACUGUUUUCUCUCCCUUCACUUCAUCAGACAGUCUCACAGACACUCCAGUGACAAUCCCAGCCCUCCUUCUUUGUCCCAACAAACCCAAACCCCUGUUUGUAGGUGUGUGUGUGUGUGUGUGAGAGAGAGAGAGAGAGAGAUUGCUGAUUUGGAUGACUGUAUGAGUGUCAAGGUGGACAGACUAAUUAAUGGUACGGUGCCGUGUACAUUUUCUUUUCUUUUGUAUGUGGAGUCUUACAGAGUCUCUCAGAGUCUUAAGAUCAACUCUUCGGGCUUUCAGCUUUGAGGUACUGCUUGAAAAGGGGACGCUGACAUUUUGAAUUUUGGUCUGUUUUGACCUUCAUUGAACAUUUGCCACAUUAACAUAGAAAGUGCUAAAUAUGUACAGGUUUAAUGAGAAAUGCUAACCAUGCUAAUAAGCUGAAACUAUAGAAAGACUUUACCCCAGUAUGUGACAGGUGUCAGGUGUACAUAAAUUACAGGCGUGGCGAAAUGUCCCUUUUACAUGUACCGAUGAUGAUGAUGCUGAUGAUAAUGUGGCUGAAACAGGGAACAGAUGUGACAGCUAAUUUAAACUGGAAAGAAGAAUGUCUUAAUUUUUCCUUUUUUUUUGAUGUUGAACGCACACAGGGGUUUUUAGUUGUAGGUGAUUUUUGUCACAUUCAGCCUCUGUUGUUAUGUUGCUGCUGUGCGGAGCUGUCACAGUGGCCGUCACUAUGCAGGGAGGGAAAAACCUGAAAGAAUCAGGGGGCCCAGAGCUGGAUGGAAUGGGGCCCUCGAACACGUUCGGUACUACAGAAAUGUAUUUUAUAGGAACAGAUCAUUUCCACACUCUGACCCUGAGGAAGCUCAGUGUAGAAAUUAUUUUACUGAGCGUCAGCACUCCCAGCACUUUUAGAACAGACACUGUCGCUGAUAUUAGAGCAGAGCAGGACACGACGCGGCUGACGUGUGUCACAAAGCGGCCAUUUUGAAUAGUCAAAUUAGGAAACGUUACCUGGGAGAGUAAUAAAAAGAAGACUGGUGUUGUUCUUACUGUCCACAAAUCCUACGAAAGACCAAAACCAACAAUGUGCCAGUCUGUCUCUUGCCUGUGGCUGUCCACACCAAACCCACUGGUUCCUACUGAAGACAUAAAUCUUUAAAAAUGGCUCACAAAUGUAUAGAUUUAUUUUUAAAGUAGGCUCAGUCAUUUCUUAAAACAGCUGGGAACUGUAGUUUUUAGCAAACAUAACUAACACAGGAGGAAACAGUGCAUUUGUUGGGGACUGUUUUCAGUGGCGGAUAAACCACAUUCGAUGCUCCAGUGAGUGUUUGGAUCAGCAGGACGGUGUGUGUGGGACUGAGUCAAAGCAAACCACGGUGUGUGUGUGUGUGUGUGUGUGUGUGUGUGUGUGUGUGUGUGUGUGUGUGUGUGUGUGUGUGUUAUGGAAAUGAAGGAACGUGUCACAGAGCUCAACAGUGUGGAUCACUGAUGUGUUUUUAAUAGUUUUUGGGAACAGUGGAGCUGUGUGAAAUCGUACAUCAGGCUUCGGAUGCACACACAGUACUUGUUUGUAGGAGACAUUCAGUGUUGGUUUUGGUCUUUUCAUGAGAAUUGUUGAGAGUAGAAAAAUAUAGAAGUCUGUCUGUCACUCUUUCUCAGUCAGUCAGAAUCGGUUGUUCAGAAUUUAACUUUCCCCUUCGCUGCAGAGUCAAAAGCUUUGAAUCAGAAUUGUUUUCCUUUGUUGAAACCACAAACUCAGGAGUCACUUUGGAGGCAGCAUUGAUCUUCCACACUGAAUUUCCCAACCUGAGUGUUCAAAAUGGCCGCCGCGUUGGCCAGUCAGACAGAGGAAACGCCAGUUUGUUCACUCAGCUGAGUUGUACAUAUGUUAGUUAGUUAGCUACUUGGACAGUUAGUCAGUUUAGUCAUUUUGAAUUUAAUGCCACGGUUACAGUAAUGUACUGAAUUACCACUGAGACAACCGAUAGUUACCUUAGUGACCAGCCACUGUCCAAUCAGAAGUCAGCGAGGCUCAGCCAGUUGCACCAUCUUGACUGUGGAGGAAGGUGUGUAUGAAUGUUUUUCCCCAGACUGAAGCUGAUGAUGAUGAGGAUGACCCCCUCCAUACUGUUCUCCAGUAUCCCCCAUCCUCCCCCAUCCUCCCUCAUCCUCCUCUCCCCUCCCCUCCACACUGUACUGAAACUAACCUAAUCCAGUCUGAACCCGUUCUUACUGUCUAUCUUCCAGGUUGUGUAUAAUACUACUGCUAUCUGAGAGUUAAUAUAUGAGCGCUACGGGGGCGAUAGAGACAGCCUGCUGUUAAUUAUCACUGUAGAAGAUGAUGUACGUUGUUGUCUUUCAAUGUUCAGAUAAACUUCAGUUGGACCAAGGCUACGUCUGUCUGCUUUGCUUUGUUUCUGUGGCAAACAGUUCAGUUUGAAUCAACACGCUCAGAUACAGGCCACAUCAGUGAUGAGGUACCAGCAGGUUAGGAAACAAAAAUCUGAGUCGUCCAGAGACAAUUCAAUUUUUUGACAAUUUUCUUUAAUAAUUGCUUUCCAGAGAAAUCCUGGAUCCUUUUUACCUUUUUUCAAACUUAAACUUAAAAUCUUCAAAAUCUUUGGUUUAAAAACUUUUUGGUUUUAGUUUUGCAAAAACAAGACAGAAGUAAAGCAGCUUUUCUUCCUCCCGGUCAGUGUGAAUGAAAUCCACACCUCUGGUGCCGUGUGAGGGGAAUCGGACUAACUCCAGGUCUGUGCACAUGCAGUCAAAGGGGGCGUUGACUUGACUUUACGAGCUGCGUCAAUGUAGACGAAUUUAUCCACAACAAAACCGGAAUUUAACUAACUUAACCUUCAAAAUAAAAAAAAAACAGUA